UUCAGUGACCUCACCAGUGGGCUGGAUUGUGAGGGUGGGAUUUCCAGGCUCGGGCUGAGUAUUCCUGCCUCUCUAUCUUAAGAUCUAUGCGGCUUCAACGAAAGCAGAGACGUACCUUUUUUUAAAGACACAGAGAGGCAUAUAUAUCGCACACUGGACCUUUUCUUUUUUUCUACAUACCACUCCAAACGGAAUAAAUAAUUGAGGAAUGUGGAAAUUACAGAAUGCCCAACAGCGCUGGAAAGAGAUUUAAACCCACCAAAUACAUCCCAGUGUCCACUGCUGCCACACUCCUUGUGGGAUCGACCACUUUAUUUUUCGUUUUCACGUGCCCCUGGUUGACGAAGGUGAUCUCUCCCGCCGUGCCGCUCUACAAUGGCCUGGUCUUCCUCUUUGUCUUGGCCAACUUCAGCAUGGCAACCUUCAUGGACCCUGGUGUAUAUCCCAGAGCCGACGAGGAUGAGGACAAGGACGAUGAUUUCCGAGCACCGCUCUACAAGAAUGUGGAGAUCAAGGGCAUCCAGGUCCGGAUGAAGUGGUGUGCCACCUGUCACUUCUACAGGCCGCCUCGCUGCUCGCACUGCAGCGUCUGCGACAACUGUGUGGAGGACUUCGACCACCACUGUCCCUGGGUGAACAACUGCAUUGGCCGGAGGAACUACCGCUACUUCUUCCUCUUCCUGCUGUCGUUGAGCAUCCACAUGGUGGGCAUUUUCUCCUUCGGCCUCAUCUUCGUUCUCCACCACCGCGAGAGACUGGCAGCGCUGCACACCACUGUCACUCUGGUGGUGAUGUGCAUCGCAGGGCUGUUCUUUAUUCCAAUCACGGGACUCACAGGUUUCCAUAUGGUGCUUGUUGCGCGAGGUCGAACGACUAACGAACAGGUGACGGGCAAGUUUCGUGGAGGAGUAAAUCCCUUCACCAAGGGUUGCUGUGGCAACGUGGAGUAUGUCUUGUGUAGUCCCCUGGCACCUAGGUACAUGUUCGACCCCAGGAAAAAGCCCCACGUCCGAAUUCAGCCCCCAUUCAUCAGACCUGACCUGUCAGAGAGGCAAAUCACCAUCAAGCUCAGCGACAACGGCAUCCACAGCACCAUCAUCAGCUCCACGUCCAAAAGCAGCCUGGACGGCCUUGACGAGAAAGAAACCCAGCCACCGCUGCCACCGCUGCCACCCAAAGCUGACAGGUACAACCAGCUGAAGAGUCAGCUGACCUCCAGCGAAGAUGGUUCUCUUUCUGGAAAGACCCACCCUUCCACUCCAGUCAUGUCCAAAUUCCGUCCGUCCUUUGGCACCAUUCCUAAAGUCCACUACCACACUGCUGGAGAGAAGAUUGUCAUGCCGGAUGACCGGAGGUCUUCGGCCAUCUUGGAAGAGGGUGUCCGUGGUCAUGACUACCGAUCUGAGCCAAACCUGGACCUGCCUGAGUACACCAACACUCCGCUCCACCGCACCUUCCAGUCCUCUCCCUUCCAGCUGGACGCCGACCCCAUCGACUCCCACUCUCUCGGCCUGGGUCACCGCGGGCCAGAGAAGGGCCAGCUCUCCGGCCUGCAGCCGCAGACAGUCACCUCCACCCCGUACAAGAGCGUCUUUUCGCCCAACACGCUCGCCAACCGUAAUGGCAGCUUGUCUUAUGACAGCCUGCUGAACCCCAGCAUCUCCCCCGCCUCCGCCAGUGAGUGCAUGUCCCAUCGGGGAAUGCCCACCGUGGGGCUCCACUCGCCCUACCUGCCCACCAAAAUGUGCCACAUCCGGGAACCUGACGUGCAGAGGCAACAGGUCACCCCCGCCUACAGUCCAGUGACGCCACCCAGGGGACUGGGCAGGCAAUCCCCUCACCUAAUGGACAGGGACAGGGACCCAUCCCCGGUGCGCUAUGACAACCUCUCCCAGACCAUCAUGGCCUCCAUCCAGGAACGAAAGGAGAUGGAGGAGAGGGAAAAAAGGCAGAUACUGCAUGGCCGCUCCCAGACCCAUAUCUAUGCCCAGGACUCUGGCGUGUUUGAUGGGGGAUAUGGCCUACCCCCCAAUGCUUGCUACCCAGACGGGUCUCGUGGCCCUUCCUCCAGAGGCCCAACACCCCCAGCUUAUGGAGGCUCCAGGGACAACCUGAUGGGGGUCGGCCUGGUGAGCUAUGGGCAACGAACCCCCGUUUUGCGCCAUGCCGGCUCCACGCUGGGUCGUGCCCCUCGGACUUCGUCCACCUCCCUGCACACAGAUCACAGCAGCAGCAACAGCAGCGAGCAGGGCACCUGCCCCGAGGGCCUUUAUCAUUCCCCGGCCCACCAGCCCCACUCCCCUGCUAUGCCCCGGUCCCCCUCCUACUCCCACCAGAAACUCUCCUACAUCAGUGCCCAUGAGAGGACAGACGCUCCUCGUCUAGGGGGUCCAAGAGAGGCCAUGAAAGUUAACGGGCAGAUGGACUGCCACCCCAGUGUCCAGGGUUCCACCAUCAGCCCCAGUCGCCACGGUAACGUCAAAAAGGUGACGGGUGUCGGAGGCACCACAUACGAGAUAUCAGUGUGAGCAGGGACACUGCAUCCACGUCCAGUGACAACAACCACCCUCCUGCAAAGAGAUUCUCUCCUGUGAUUUUAGUCACGAUAACAGCCAGUCAGGGGCACACGGCACUCCCUGUUUGGGAUUUAUCGUCCAAUCAGAGGAUCUGUCUGCCCUUGUGUGGGUCUGUCUAGCCAAAUGCCUGUGUGUGUUGGUACCGGAGGGGUUGUUUGUCAGUUGAUACCGCUGCAGGCUGUAUGUGAGAGGAGUGUCUCGUCAUUAACAUUGUGUGGCUCAUCAUCUUAGUCGUAAAGAGAGGACCGUUAAUAGUAUUUCUUUUGUCUCUCCGCUGUGGUCAUAAAGCGCUCGUUGUUCCAAAUGUCACACAAACUGUUCACUCGCAAGAGUUGAAGGCUGAAUAGAAGCCCGACGGAUGAAUUAAACACCGACGUCCUCACUAUGGACUUUAGUGAGAAGUCCUUUUCAAGUCAUUUGACCUCCAGAAGUCACGGUGCUUCACAUUAACGUGAACCGUUCAUGCCAUCGGCAGCGUAGUUGUACAGCUCUGAGAGGUGGAGGAGGACCGAUCGGUCAGAUCAGCAUCACCGUAAAGGCAACACAAGAUAUUUGAGGUGAGAAGAGGAAAGAGGAGAGGGGGAAGUCACUGUAUCAGGUUUGGUGGUUUCAUUCCAAAUUAAUUGAGAAAGGCGUGUUGAUAAAAAGAAAAUUCCUUUAUCAACAACUAAUUUCUACGGAAUGAAUAUUGGUUUUAAUCAAUACGCUAUGAAUGGCUCCGUCUUCGUCUCAGACUAUUAGGGCUUGAAUAUGGCUUAGCCUCCUUUAUUCACUUCACAAAGCUGCUGUGCAUCAUCACAUGCUCCCGUUUGUCUUCGUGAACUUCAGUUAGGUGAUUCCAACGUGGCCCAGGACACAAGUGCUGGGCAGAUAUAUAUAUAUAUAUAUAUAUAUAUAUUGGGGUCCUGAAAGAUUUGAAUACCUCGUCCCAAGAGUUCAGAACGAGUCCAGCCUUGCACAACCAAAACAACCUUCUGUUUACGUUUUGUAAAAAUAAGUGUGGAAGUUCUUUGUUAUAAUCGUAGGAAUAGAAAUAUGUAGAGAAACAAGUCAUUGUCCCAUGUAGUAAAAUGAAGAUAACUGGUCACCCAUUUAUUAUUUUGUAGUUUUUUUUCUAAUGGGUUUCCUUUUUAUAUAGCCAGCCUAUAAAAAGCUAAGUUUGAUACAUUUUUUUAUCGGGUUAAUUAAGCCGGGAAUGGAUGUUUUAUUUGAGUGCAGUUUUUUGUUGAUAAAUGAUAAAUUCAGUUAAUACAUGCCAUUAUAAUGGGUACAAUCCAUAAAGUAAAUAUAGCUUGUUAUACUUUGCAGUGUAAAGAAUGGAUAUGAUGAAAUGUAAUUACGAGAUAUGAGAUUUGAGCAAGUGAAAUAUUGAAGUCAGUCGUUGACUUGUGCCGAUGUGCGCUGUACACCAGUCAAGUAUUGGCCUUUCAAUAGACGCUGCCUGGAGAUUGUGGCUGCACACCUCUUCAUUUCUCUGAGACAGUAAAUGGGUGACAUUGCUACGAUGUCACAGUGACAUCACGAAGACUGGAAAUGUCAAAUUAAUCAACUUGCAGCAGCUGUCUGGUACAGCUCCAGUAUUACCCGACACUCAGACGCAAGACUUUUGUUUUUGCUGUUAAUUUUAAAACAAAGGUUACAGAACAUGUAUUGCUUUCGACCACAAAAAUGACCUGAGUAUAUCAAAGUAAAGGUGUUUAUUUAUAUUUUGCACCAACUAAAUAUGAAGAAGAAAAAAAUGCCUGGAAUAUACAAAACGAUGUAAAUUGGUAGAUUUGGUCCAGCUACAUUUGCAUGAAGAAUAAACCAUCGUUGCCUUUUAGAGGAAAACCUUUCACACACACGACGUGGCUCGGUGAAAUAGUAUUGUAUUAAAUAUAUAUAUAAUAUAAAAUAUAUAUAUAAAAUAAAUAUAUAUAUUUAUAUUAUAAUAUUGCAUUAAAGGACCAUGAACUAACAUGUAUGUUAUGUAUGCAGCAGAAAAUGGGCGAAGUGACACUUAGUAUGGGUAAAAAAGUUGUGGAAGUACAAGCUAACGAAUGAUCUUGCUUUAUCAUGAAAUUACAUCAUUUUUUACAGGAUUUUUUCCCAUUUCUAGUGCAUUCUUGCUUUGUUACAAGGUUGGAUGAAAGUCACUGUAUAACAAGCGUCUGGCUAGUACGCCUCCCUUCUAAGGUCUCACCUCCCUUCUAAGGUCUCACUCAGCUGCCUUACCAUGAACACAGUAAUGUGAAGUAACAGGAUACUCUAUUCAAGUCAAGUAUUUUUGAAGUGUUCAACAUUGUUUCUGUUGUACGGCUGCGGUAUAGAGGGAUACUUUGUUGGCAAAUCUGAUGGGUAAUUGUCAGUGGAACAGCUAACUGGAACAUCUCAUGACCACAUAUAAAAACACGAUCGAUGUCAUUCCUCCUUAAGAUGACUGCCAUUAGUCCGAUGAUCUUUUUUGGGAUGGACAUCACUGCAGGUCAGGGACCAUUCCUGACAUUCAGUAUUGAAUCUGUUUCAUCAGCCAUGAGCUGAUUUUGUUUUCUGAAACUUAAAAUAGAAAAUGUAAUGUGUAUUAAAAUAUAGAAUAUACUAUAAAUGUACAAGUUCCUAUUUUUGUGAUGAGGAAAUAUUUCCCAAUGAUCUGAGAAGAGUAAAUAAAUGUCGAACUUUGACUGGUUCUUGUGAAUUAAAGGCACAACGUGGAACAACA